UCCGAGUAUUUUUGAAUGCAUCUUCUCCACACGCAGGUUUCUACAGGAAGUGAUGUCACUCGUUGUAUUGGCUCUUCCGUUUCUCGUGUGCUAGCAGCUCUCAGAGCCAAUCGAAGAUGACUACAGCUGCAAGACCGACAUUUGAGCCGGCGAGAGGAGGGAGGGGAAAAGGAGAGGGUGGAGGUGAUUUGAGUGCCUUGUCCAAGCAGUAUUCCAGUCGAGAUCUUCCGGGUCACACCAAGAUCAAGUACAGGCAACCUACCCAGGAUGCCCCAGAGGAGGUGCGUGCCCGUGAUUUCCGUAGGGAGCUGGAGGAGAGGGAGCGUGUAGUUGCACGUGAAAAGACCAGAGAAAGGGGACCAAGAGAGCACACCACAUCAUCAUCAUCUUCGUCAUCAUCCUCAAAGAGGCCCAGACUGGAUCAGAUCCCAGCAGCCAACCUUGAUGCUGACGACCCUCUCACUGAUGAUGAUGAGGACGAGGACUCUGAGGAGGACAGUGAUGACGACGACACUGCGGCUCUCCUGGCAGAACUGGAGAAGAUCAAGAAGGAGCGGGCUGAAGAGCAAGAACGCAAAGAGCGGGAGCAAAAGGCAGAGGAGGAGAGGAUUCGCAUGGAGAACAUCUUGAGUGGCAAUCCAUUGAUCAAUUUGGCAGGGCAGCAGCAGCAGCAACAGCAGAUGACCCAGACUCAGAAUACCUUCAGAGUCAAGAGAAGGUGGGAUGAUGACGUCGUGUUCAAGAAUUGCGCCAAAGGAGUGGACGAAGCACGUAAGGAGAAACGCUUUGUCAAUGACACACUGCGCUCUGAGUUCCACAAGAAAUUCAUGGAGAAAUAUGUAAAGUAAAGGACUUGGUGUCUGUUAGUUUUAUUGUUUGUUUUUUUAAUUAAUUUCUUUGGUCUCUGCUCUCCUGCUGCCCUCUGUCCCAAGGAUGAUAGAUGGCAAUACAUUCUGUAUUCAAAUGCAUUAGUAUUUGUACAGUCAACACAUAAAAUGUUGUAUAUAAACGAGUAACAUCUUUUGAAUAAAGCUUAUGAAAAGUUGAAUGAAAUUGUUUGAUGUGAACAUCUGAGUCUUUCUGUAGUUUUUUUUAAAUAAUGAAUUUCAAUAAACAAAGACUUAAGACUGUG